AUGGCGGUGAUGGUCGGAGAAAGAGACGAAUGUGUGGCUGUUAAGUUAAUUACCAUUGAGAAAUUGGUGAUCUCUGGAAUCGAUAACGUGAUAGAGAUAUGGCCUAGGGAACUUCAACUUAUAGUGGGAGCGAUGUUAAUUUCGCAUUGUCGUAAGCUAUUGAAUAUUCUUAAGGGCAUGCAGAGUAUUGAACGACUUGUGGUGGGAUGCUGUCAAUCUGUGGAAGUAGUAUUUGAUCCAGAUAUCGUGCUCCCGUCAUUAACAUAUUUGGCCCUAGUUUAUCUACCAAAGUUGACACAUGUUUGGAAGAACAACGUACUAAGAAUUCCAAGCUUUCAGAACCUGACAUCCUUAACAGUAGUGGGUUGUAACAGUUUGAGAUAUAUAUUCUCAUCUUCUCAAGCCAAACUUCUUGUGAAACUACAAGAAAUAGGUGUAGCUGAAUGUUGUGUGCUGGAAGCGAUUGUUAAUGAGGAACCAAAAGUAGAUGAUGAAGUUGCAACAAAUAUAAUCUUGUUUCCUCAACUAAAUAGUCUCAAACUCUGUCAUCUGCCAAACCUCAAGAGUAUAUGUCCCCAAGCUUACACAUUUGAAGGAUCAUUCAUCCAGCACAUAAAAGUAAUCAACUGUCCCAACAUGAGGGCAAUCCCUUCAGCAUCGCAGCGCAAUGUUCGAGAAGUGGAAUUUGUUAACUCAGCUCAACACCAUCUCUUGGAUACAAAGUUUAGUUUAAGCACCAAGGGAAUGCUUGAUGUCACAGGAAUAGAUGAGCCAACUGAGAUAUGGCACAAUCAACUUGAAGUCGGAUGCCUUGACAAAGUAAGAUUCAUGCGGGUCCAGUGUUGUGGAAAAUUAUCUAGUGUUGUCUCGUCCAAGUUAAUGCAAAGGCUGCACAAUAUACAACGGCUAAAAGUGUGGUGGUGUGAUUCACUGGAAAUGAUAUUUGAUCUCCAAGAGGGGGUAUGUGUUGAUGUUGCUGAGAAAGAAACAUUAAUCACUCAGUUAAGUGAAUUGAUAUUGAAGUAUUUGCCCAAGUUGACACGCAUAUGGAAGAAUAUUUCCCGACAAACUCAUUGUUUCGAAAAUCUACGAUUUCUAACAGUGCAGCACUGUGACAACCUGAGAUAUAUAUUCACAAUUUCCAUGGCCAACGUUCUUGUGAAUCUACGAAAUCUAACAGUUGAACAUUGCGAGAAGGUAGAAAAGAUUGUCACCGGGGAAAACUAUGAAAUCUUCUCGCGAAUAAUUUUCUCUGUCAAACUUAAAAAUCUUCCAAGUCUCGUGUGUUUUGGCCCGGAUGUAAAUAAUACUGAAAUUCCAGCAAGAAUAACCUCUGUAAGACUCUGCCCCAAAUUUCCAGGCAACGAGGAUGAAGUUGACUUUGGCUUUACUGGCAUUGAGAUUGACUCUAACUAUAACUCUGACUUUGACAUUGACGACGAUGACAAUUAA